UGUACAGCCAGAUAUCUUAUAUAGCCAGAUACUGACUGAGACUGUAAGAACUGCGUACGUCGUUUUUAUUGUCCUUUCCUUACCCAAUAAAAUUGGCACAGCGAGAUGAACUAGUUGCAGUUCAAAAUACCAAGAUGGGCGGUAGCAAUCAGUCACGUCUUCGCGCAGAGAGUCGUCGAGGAGAACGACGCCGCGACGACUGCUGCGGUAUGGGAGCCGGUGAGGAGGAUUUUGCGACAGCAAGAAUAACGGAUGUUAAUGAGGAAAAUCAGGCUCGUCAUGCGCGCGCAGAUGAAUAUCAAUAUUCUUCAGGUUCACCUGGCGAGGAACAGCAAGGUCCCGUCUUUUACAACACUACCCGACUUCUAGUCCAAGGAGAGCACGAUGAGGAAAUUGAGACAUUUUACGAUCUGCUUGACGAAGGCCGUGAUGACAUCCCUCUUGUUGGCGAGAUCGCGAGUAAGGGAGACCACAAGAAGAUAAAGCCUGCAGCUGCCGAAGAAGAAGGAGGGCAAGAUAUUUUUGAUUCUGAAGAGCAGAGCGUGACAGUGAGGAAGGACGACGACGGCCGCGACAACAUCAAUACAACUCCAGAUGGCGUCGAGUCUACUAAAAGUAAUAUGUAUAACAUCUACAACUCCAUGCAUCUUGAGGACCACCAAUACCUGGUCAUCGAUAUUCUGAAUAAGUUGAGUGGGGAAACAACGCAUGCUUUCAUUCCCGUGCUUUCACAAUUAAGGCGACCGCUGAAGCAUCCUCAGCAUCAUCCAUCCUUACUUCUUUUUCCAAUUGAAAAAGAAGCCGAGGACGCUCUCAGGGAUGCCGUCGCGGUAGCUCUAACACAAGCGAAAACGGCAGAUGCUGACGCCUUUCUCCAAGCUCGAGCUGCCACGAUUUCUUCCGGAAAUCAAUACGAGGCCACGACAGCGAAGAUUUCAGUGGAGGGUCUUAAGAAAGCGAUCCUAGAUGGCUUGAACGCGGACACGAGGGCCCCACUCACUUGGCGACACAUUGCGCUGUUUGUCGAAAAGCACGAGGAUGAGCACGAAAAGCAGGACUACGAUAGUAAUUGUCAUUCUGAAGUAGAUGAACAAGAACAAGAAGGGGUGGAGCAGUUUUCGCCGAACGGUGCAGCUCAGAGUGAUUCUCAGAUGCUCUCGUUUUCGCUUGGGAAGCCGGAUCUUUCUUAUGAGUACGCGAACACCAAAAAAGCCCUACCGCUAGUUGUUGUUUCGUUUUUGGUCCUUGAUCCUAGUGACAUCGCCGUACUGCGAGAACGAAUAUUGGCUGAAGCGAGUUCAAAAUUGCCGGUGGGUUUAUUCCAUCAUCAGCCUGGCGGCGACGAUGGGGAUGAGGAAUUUUCCGCCUGGACAUGUGCGCUCGUCGUUUUAGGGCUGAAAGGGCAUGGCUAUGAGGUAGUGCGGCGGGACAGUGGUGCUAACAAUGUUAAGACACUGGCAGGCGCAGGCAAGAGAGCAUCCACCUGAGCAUCAUCCCUGGGCGCUUUUUCAAGGGGAAAAAGAAGCUCCCAAGGACAUGGCUCUCGGGGAUGCGACGCGGUGCCUCCACUAAUGAUGCUGAUUGUUUUGUCAGAAGGUUGCUGAAAAAGAAGGGCGCUUGUACGAAAUCCAUAGGUUUGAAAAAGAUGCUGUUUAGGGACUAUAUGGAGCUUGCGCGAGACGUCGCCUCCGUCCUCACCAGCGAGGAAGUCGAAGAUCUUUUGCGUGAUUUACACUACUUUCUUCCACAAUUGAGAUGUCUGAAGAUUUAUGACGAAGUCGAUGAUGCGAGUGCCUACUCCAGCACUGAAGGGGGGCAUAAGAAGUGGCUGCACGUGGACACGGCUGACAAAGCUAGGGGUUGUUUCCCUCGAAAGGGAUAUACGGGCGCCCCCGCUGUGGUCCUCACAGAGCCAUGGUCGUUCGUAGAGAAGCGAAUACCUCCCCUGUGGACAGAACCAGUCUGGACGGCAUUACUCUACGGAAAGCCCGACAGUGAUGAGUUCGGGUUGGCUUGUGAGGGCGUCGCAAGUGUUUGCAGGUUUGCAUCAUCGAGCUUCGUCCGCGAGUUAUUUUCAGAAACGUCACGGUCACAGCCGCCGGCGAAUGACGAGGACGUACUCUUUGGCGUUCUGCAGCAGCGGGAUUGGGCUGUAUAUUUUCCCACCUCGUCCAGCACAAGGAAAGCAGGAAAUUAUAAAGUGCCCUCUUCUCCUGCUUCAUCUUAAGGGUUUCCAAAUCUCUACAUUCUUCACUAAAGACGUACUUGAUGACUUAUUUUGUUGUAGAAAAAAUAAGAUUGCCGAGAAUGGAUCUUCUCGGAGUUGAGCUAGGAUUCCGGGGGGCUCCAUGUGAAGGACCCCUCACCUAACCUAACCAGGAUGGAUUUUCUGAGGAUGAUGAAUGUACUUAUCUGCAACCACUAACCAUGCUGGUACACCACCUGGGGCAGCAUUGUUACUGGCUCUGGAGACGCAGCGCGAGCCCUCUUCGCGCAUUCAGAAUGGAAUGGCUCGUCUUUCUCCAACUGUGGCGCUGCUCAUCCUCGUAGUGUUGCUACUUUCGCCGACUUGCUCAUUGAAAAGUGCCAUCCGGACGAGCUUUUUCUCGAGAUUAUUCGUGGUGACUACGGGACAGUGGACGGCACCGUUCUCAACUUGCAGAGUUAUGCUUCUGGCUUGUUCAACAAGUUCGUCUUACUUAACAAAAGACAUCUCGUCUUGGACUCGCUUACACAUGUGAUGAGGGAAAGUUAGAAGGUCAAAGAUGCACUUCCACUUGUGGGGAAAAUAAAAUGUUGAGUAUUUGUUAUAAUACAUAAUGUGGCAUUGCUCUUCAUCUAAAAAUAGCCUUUAUUGGACCGUCAACAAAAUCCGGGCUCAUCAAAAACAUUGUCACCGAGAAAACGCCGCAAUGUAGUGCUGCACGCGCUGGAGACAAGGUCGCCUGCGGUGUGUCUCGCACUUCUGGAACGCAAGGACAUUAUUUUACGGCUUGAAAAAUUCAUCUUGCCCAGGAGUGUGAUCUUGUGCCCGUUUUAAAGAGAAAACGGAGAUGAAGAUGCCCACUGAGAUGGAUUCUCUCAAGGUCUUCUAUUCUAAUUUCUUUUCACAGCGCUCCCGAGUCCUCAUCUACUACUGUCACUAAUAGAGGAACUUAUUGGAACCCUCCGUGGCUAGCGCUAGCAGGAGCGCCUGACCAUUUUCUGGUAGCUCUCCGCAACCAGCCGGAAGAAGUCGCCUUGUUACUCCUUGGCCGUAUUUUAGAACAGCCGCAAGCAAUCGAGGAAAUGGCGGAUGCGUCGACGGAGAUAAAAAGCGAGUGGACUGCGAUAAUCAAGCAGAAGAAAUACAACAAAGUGGAAGUAAAAGUAGAACUAGUCCUGGGCAAACCCGUUGCGAAAAAAGAAAGGACGAACAAAAAGGAAACGGAGCGCAGCUGAAUGAGAACGGGGCGCGUCUACCUUUCGGAAGCACGACCGAAAGCCGCGCCGCUAUUAACCGACCUAAGGAAUUAUAACUGCAACGACCAGUCAGAAUGUUACAGCUAUCGCACCCGGCAAGAAAGAGUGUCUUUGCAUGUGUUGGAAGUGCAGGACUUACGUUGGAGAGGGGCUGCGCACGUUCUAGCGCGGAUUCGCUUAUGCUUCGGAAGGACGGCAGGAAGCCGCGCCGCUCAAAAAAGUGCCUAAGUAGUCGCAACCUGUCCCAUUUCAGAACUAGUCCUUCUAGCUGAGUAAAUUUCCCUGCUUCUGCUCGUGGGUUUUUCAUCAUCUUCGUAAAAUCGUAACCUUAGCUUACUAUAGAGGGUCGUGAAUCUAUUUCAAUUUUAUAAAGCAAGUGAUAUGAGGAGCAGCUGCAUGCAAAAAAUGUGCUAAGAUAAAAUUUCUUUGCCACUACAGCUACUUUUUCAUGGUAACUAAUUGUGAUUCACGUUCAUUCUUACAUGUGCAUCUAGUUGUAGCGCAUCCAUGUGACAGCAUCCUGAUCAUCGUGUGUUGUUUCCCUGAAGAUGAAUGACUGACACCCUACAGGGGUCGAAUGUGCGGCUCCUCCGAUAUGCGUAGACUUGUGGCCGAAUGUGCGGGCUUCUGCGCCCCCAGUAUGUAAUUUGGAUGACAAUAGUUGAAUAUGGUGCUUGAUUGUUUGAAAGGGCGGCGGCCUAUAGUCCUAACGCAAGAAAAAAAAACCUAGUGUUGUCAAGCAAGACGAUAUCAAUCAGGGGCACACACAUGACAUAGUAGGCAAGCUCGUCUAGGGUUUGGUAUGCUCGCCAGUGUUAGGCUUCAUGGAAUGGAAAAGACUUAGACUCAUACGGCCAUCUUUGUGAACGAUGACAACAGGGACUACAGCACGCAUGAGAAAACGCAGCAGUUGUAGUGAGAGCUCGUGGUCGCCAGAAAGGAAGUUGAAAACACAAAGUAGACAAGUCUCCAUCAACUUGUUUCCUUUUGAUGUCAUUUUAGAAAACUAUCUUUCCUUUGCAUCCUAAUUAAGUUUUGAGACAGUACCUCGUGCUAGG